AUGUCGGAGGAAAAACAAAAAGCUUCCGCUAGUACAAAUGAUGAAUUGAGUCGUGUAGGGACUCUAGAUAAUUUUUCUCUGGAUAUUUGCCAUAUUAAGUUGGAUGGUACCAACUAUUUGAUUUGGUCUCGCACUUUUACUUUGGCUAUUGAGGCCAAAGGAAUGUCAGAAUUUAUUGAGGGUUCUGUUACUCCACCUGUUGAGGCUAUUGCACUGAAGAAAUUUAAAUCUCAAAAAUCGUUAGUUAUAACCUGGUUGUUUAAUUCUAUGAGAGCUGAUAUUCGUCAUACUUUUCUGCUUCUCGAUACUCCACAUAAGAUUUCGACUACUGCAGCCCAAACCUAUUCUCAACAGGGUAAUGAUGCACAGUGUUUUGAGUUGAGGAAGAGGCUCCGUAUAUUGGAACAAAAUCAUCAUUUCAUUGCUGUGUAUUUUGCUGACUUGAAUGGAGCGUGGCAGGAAUUUGAUUAUUAUCAGGGAUUUCAGGCUGUUUGUGCUGUUGAUACUGCUGCUUGGUUAAAGCGAUUGGAGAAGGAACGUGUCUAUGAUUUUUUGGCUGGACUUGAUAUAGAAUAUGAUCCGAUUCGCGUGCAGGUGUUGGGUCGUAUUUCAUUUCCGUCGUUGGGAGAGGCCUAUGCCAUUGUUCAGCAGGAGGAGAGUAGGAGGGGUGCUAUGUUGGACACUCCUACUCCUGAGCGUUCUGCCUUGGUUGCCAUUCCUCAGGUUGGGCUUGUUGCACAGAGUGGUAAAUCACAGUCUGGUGCUAGCAGUGGGCCUAUUAAUCAAGAGUCACUCCGAUGUGAUCAUUGUCACAACACCGGCCAUACCAGGGAUUUCUAUUGGAAGCUACAUGGUCGUCCCUCUCGUGGGCGAGGGGGUGGACGCGGUGGUCGAGGUCGUGGCCCCAUGCGUUCUAAGGCCCAGGCCCAUGUUUCGGAGUCUACAUGGGUUGCUAGCUUGCCUGAUUCUGGGUUUCGUACUGGGGUUCAGGCGUCUUCUGAUCAUGUUAGUGGUUUUUCUCAGGGGGAAAUGCAAGCUCUCCGGCGCCUAAUGGCUCGGGCUGAUUCUCCAUCUACUAUAGCUCCUACUUCUACAGCAAGUCCCACUUCAUCCUAUUUUGCUCACACAGGAACUGGACACGGGCAAAGUGAUUGGCAGUGGUAAAGCACAGGAUGGCCUCUAUUUUUUGGAGUCUGCACCUCGUUCACCUAUGUCAUGUGGUUUUGCUCUGCAAGCAGAUAUGAGUUCAGCUCUCUCUAUGUUACAUCAGUGGCACCGUAGAUUGAGUCAUCUUUCUUUUGGAAUUUUAGAGAAAUUUUUUCCUACUUUAAUUAAGCAUUGUUCUAGAAGUCAUUUUUUUUGUGAAGCUUGUGAGCUUGGAAAACAUAGACGUUCAGUUUAUGCACCUAUUAAUAAACGGAGUGCCUCUCCUUUUAUGGUUAUUCAUUCUGAUGUUUGGGGUCCUUCCCCUGUUACAUCUCUUAAAGGUUUUCAGUGGUUUGUCACUUUUAUUGACUGUUAUUCUCGUGUUACUUGGGUGUAUUUACUUAAAUCAAAGAAUGAAGUCUUUUCUUGUUUUAUAUCUUUUCAUACAAUAGUGCGCACCCAAUUUGAUGCGAAUAUAAAAAUUCUUCGUAGUGACAAUGGCACUGAGUAUAUCGAUAGGACUUUUAGGGCCUUUCUAGAUGAAAAUGGCAUUCUUUUUCAGACGACUUGUGUUGACACUCCAUAACAAAAUGGAGUUGCUGAACGCAAAAAUUGUCAUCUUGCUGAGGUUGCUCGCUCUCUUUUAUUCACCAUGAAUGUUCCCAAAUAUUUAUGGGGCGAAGCGAUUUUGACUGCAACUUACCGUAUAAACCGUAUGCCAUCUAGUGUUCUUCACUUCAAAACUCCCAUUGAGUGUCUUCCUGGUAGUUUUCAUGUUACGACUCUUCCUCCGAGAGUUUUUGGUUGUGUAUGUUUUGUUCACGCUCCUCACUCCUCUGGUGGCAAGUUAGGUCCUAAGGCCUGUAAAUGUGUUUUCAUUGGGUACUCUCCUACCCAGAAGGGCUAUAAAUGUUAUGAUCCUCCCUCUAGGAAAUUUUUUGUCUCCAUGGAUGUCACUUUUUGGAAAAUCGAGCCCUUUUACUCUCCCUCCACUCCAUCUCUUCAGGGGGAGCAUAGGCAGGAAGAGAUGAGCGAGGUUUAUAGUCAUGGUCAGGGGGAGGAAUUAUUUUUUAAUCAUGGUGAGGGAGAGAAGGAAAAAUCUGAAGAGGAACCAGUAUCUACCGAAAG